AUGAGGUUACAAAAGGCCGAUCGUUCAAUAAAGAGACCGGUGAGGAUUGUUGAUGUUGUUCUUGUGAAAGUGGGAAAGUUCCUCCUCCACGCCAACUUUGUGAUCCUUGAUUGUGUUGUUGACAAAGAAAUCCCUAUCAUCUUGGGAAGACCAUUUCUUGCUACCGGAAGAGAACUUAUGGAUUCGGAACGAUAUGAGAUCAAGUUCCGAGUUAAUGACAAAGAGGUUACCUUUCAAGCAAACAUAGAGGGGUACAUGGAAUCGGUGAAUGCAUUAGAAGGGCUUGGGUCCUACACUUAUGCACCAAAGAAACUUUCUCUUGACUUAGAGAAUAGAGUCACUCCUCCCGCCAAGCCUUCAAUUAUUGAGCCGCCGCAACUUGAGCUCAAGCCACUUCCACCGCACUUGAGGUAUAGCGGACAUCCGAGGGAUUCUCGCCGGAAUUUGUGA